AUGUUAAAAUUCAAGCAACGACGUCAGAGUCUGUUUGCAAACUACAAACAAAGGCAGAGUUUAAAUGCAUUGCAGCACCCGCAGAGUGAUUUUGCACUAGUGAAAGAAAGAGCUUUAAAACAAUGGAGUUCCAUGCAGGACCUUGGGUGUGAUUAUGAAAUUAAAUAUGAUGACGAAUCAGACUCUGAUCAAGAGUUAUCAACUGUCCCUCAGUCCAAACUACGCUCUCCCUUUAAAGACUAUAAUUUGAAUAUUAACGUUGGAGGCAGAAUGUUCCAGAUCAACUACCGCGCUGCUGCUCGAUUUCCAAAGACCAGAAUUGGAAGAUUGGCUACUUACACUGAUCCCACGAGGAAACUGGAUCUGUGUGAUGACUACAGUGUCAAAGACAAUGAAUAUUUCUUCGAUCGGGAUCCUGCGAUCUUUCACCACAUCUUUAACUUCUACAAGACAGGAGUCCUGUGGAUUAAAAAUGAGCUCUGCCCCAGAAACUUUCUUGAAGAGAUCCACUAUUGGGGAAUACGGAUCAAACAUAGCAACAGGUGCUGCAGAAUCUCCUUUGAGGAGAGGCAAGAUGAGUUAAAUGAGCAGCUAAAGGUGCAGCGAGAUCUCCAGGCUGAACUGGAAGUGGAAGAAGAUGAAGAACAUUUCAGGGACUUGAUGUAUGGUCGCCAGAGAAGAGUCAUCUGGAACUUAGUGGAAAACCCUUUCUCUUCAGUUAUAGCCAAACUGAUGGCAUUGACUUCCAGUAUGUUUGUGUUAGUCUCUAUCGUAGCCAUGGCCUUGAACACAGUUGAAGAAAUGCAGUACAAAAGUCCAGCUGGCCAGCUGAGUGGGCACACCUACAUGGAGCAUGUGGAAACCAUUUGCAUCAUCUUCUUCACUGCAGAGUAUGUCCUCAGAGUAUUGACCACUCCUGAUAUUAAGAAAUUUGCACGAAGUACUCUCAAUGGCGUUGACCUCAUUGCGAUCCUCCCCUUCUAUCUCCAGAUCACCCUGGAAUGUUUUGAGGAUGAUGACUACGGGAAGCAUGGUCAGGAUAUAGAGAGGGUGGGCAGAGUGGGGAAAGUUGGCCAAGUGCUGAGGAUCAUGAGGCUUAUGAGAAUUUUUCGCAUUUUAAAGCUGGCCCGCCAUUCGACUGGACUGAGGGCAUUUGGCUUCACGUUGAAGCAAUGUUACCAGCAGGUUGGCUGCCUUUUCCUCUUUAUAGCAAUGGGCAUAUUUUCCUUUUCUGCUCUGGUCUUUUCUGUUGAACAUGAUGUUCCCGGAACUAACUUCACAUCCAUACCCCACGCUUGGUGGUGGGCUGCGGUCAGCAUUUCCACGGUGGGCUACGGAGAUGUGGUCCCAGAGACAGCGCUCGGAAAGACUUUCGGUUUCGGCUGCAUUGCUUUUGGGAUCAUUUUAAAUGGUAUGCCGAUCUCCAUCCUCUACAAUAAAUUCUCAGACUAUUAUUCACAACUCAAAAGUUAUGAAUAUGCAACUCCAUCAAAGCAGAGAGGGGAAAUUAAUUUUUCGGGAAGAGCACGGAGGAUGGCGCAGUGCUGCGUAGGGGUCUCGCACCACCACUUGCCCAGAGAGCAAUAA